CUCGACUUGAAUCACUCAUUGGUCCAUUUUGUACCUCACCCAUGGGCAUUAUUCCUAAAACUACCCCUGGCACUUUCCGCAUCAUUCAGGAUUUCUCCUUUCCGCGUGACAACCCCUCCAUAUUCUCCGUCAAUGAUGACAUCAACCCUGAUGAGUUCCAGUGCGAAUGGGGAACAUUCGUCGCCUGUGUCUUACUCAUCGCUGAUGCACCUGAAGGAACUCAGGCAUCCGUCAACGACGUGCAGAAUGCAUACCGCAACAUUCCUAUUCAUCCCGACGACCAGCCCUACCUUGUCAUCUUCUUUCUCGGCCUCGUUAUUCUUGAUCACUGUGCGGCUUUUGGAUCCUGCAGUGCACCUGGUAUUUUUGGUCGUGUGGCGGAUGCAAUUGUUCAGAUUUUUAAGCAUUACGGUGUUCAGGCGAUUAUCAAAUGGGUUGACGACUUUGUCUUCUGGCGUUACCCAACCCGCAAGUUAAUCGAUGGCUCAUUUGAGUAUUCUUACGAUGAGUCUCUGAUCUUCUCUGUGGCCGAACGCCUUGGCUGGCCCUGGUCUCCAACAAAGCAUACACCAUUCUCUUCCUCAUUCACCUACAAUGGCUUUCAAUGGGAUAUCCCAUCUCGCACUGUUGAACUUCCUGCUUCCAAGAAAGUGAAGUACCUCGAACGCCUGGCACCUUGGAUUUCUGGUGCGACAUUCACUCGCAAGGAGUGUGAGAAAAUGUGGCUUUCACUACUCCACAUCUAUCUUUGCACGUCAUCGGAUCUCAACUGCAGUACUCGAGGAUGCCGCUUGGUGCUCUUUGUUGAUGCCUCUACGUCAUGGGGAAUUGGACUUGUAGCUAAUGGCAAGUGGUUAGCGUGGCAGUUGAAACCUGGUUGGAAGUCUGAUGGCCGGGAUAUUGGGUGGGCGGAGAUGGUUGCAGUUGAGCUUGCCACUCACUUCGCUGUUGCGAGUGGAUACUCCAAUGUCCAAGUUCUUGUUCAUUCAGAUAACGAGGGUGUCAAUGGUGCUUUGAAAGCAGGCUGUUCUCGUAGUCCUCAGCAGAAUCGGAUUUUGCAGAAAAUUGUUAAUGUCUUUGCAACUUCUGGUGUUUGGAUUGUUACCAAGUACAUACCAUCUGCUGACAAUCUGGCAGAUCUUCCAUCCCGUGGUCUCUUUCCUCCUCUUGCAUCCAAGUCCUCUAUUACCUUUUCCUUACCCAAGCACUUAACCCCGUUCCUACUUGUAGCUUAGAUUUCCAGUCUUAUGGUCGCAAUAUAUGUCUUUGCAUGUU